AUGAGAUCUGUCCAAGAGAGUUCAACGCAUACAAAGCGUUCAUCCGAAAGAAGUGCCACACCAGAAGAUACGGUUAUUACGGGAGUGGAGUGCGCCGACAGCAGCCUUUACGAUCGUCAAGCUGGUGUCAAUCAAUUGGGCGGCGUCUUUGUCAAUGGACGUCCCCUGCCGGACUGCGUCCGCCGCCGGAUCGUGGAUCUGGCCCUGUGCGGAGUCCGUCCCUGUGAUAUCUCCCGCCAGCUGCUGGUCUCUCAUGGUUGCGUCUCCAAAAUACUGACACGAUUCUACGAGACAGGCUCCAUACGACCGGGUUCCAUUGGUGGCAGCAAGACCAAGCAAGUGGCCACGCCCACUGUCGUAAAGAAAAUCAUCCGGUUGAAGGAGGAGAACAGCGGCAUGUUCGCGUGGGAGAUCCGGGAGCAGCUGCAGCAGCAGCGCGUCUGCGAUCCCAGCUCCGUGCCGUCCAUCAGCUCCAUCAACCGCAUCCUGCGCAACAGCGGCCUCUGGACGGACGAGAUGACCUCCAGCCAGCAGAAUGCGGCGGCUGCCGCUGCAGCGGCGGCGGCCCAUCAGGCGGCAGGCGGAGGCCCAGGCGGACCAGGAGCUGGCUAUGCCACGCCCGCGCAAUUAUACGGGGGACCCAACAACAACAACAACAACAGCCACUCGCACAAGACCCAGACACCGUCGGGAACCAAUGCCCCGCCCUCGGCCACGGCCACGCCCAACGGCGGUCGCUACGCGAAGCCCCCAGCGAUGAUGAUGACAUCCGCCGGAGGGGAGCUGACGCUCAAGCCCGCUCCCAAGCUGCCACCCAGUCAUGGGCAUUCCCACGGACAUGGACAUGGACAUGGACACGGACAUGGACACGGACAUGGACAAAGUAUGAGUGCGAGCGUGUCUGGUGGUCUGGAUCUCAGCUACUCGGCCCUGCACAAGCACUGGCUGUGGAAUCCCUCGCUGCUGUACUACACGCAGGCGCACAUUCAGGCCCAGGCGGCCGCCACGGGGGCCCAGUUCCUGCCCUACGGCGGCGGCCACCUGCCCCACGGCAUGGCUGCGGCUGCAGCAGCAGCAGCGGCUGUCGGAGGCGAAGCGUCCAAUGGCGGGGGAUUCACCAAGUCGGAGAGCUCCAUCGACCUGUCGACGCCUGGGCCCACCGGCGACGCCCUCAGCGACUGUGAUUCGGGCAAGUCCUCGCCGGCCGCCCUCUCUCUGAGCGCGGCCCGGGGACAGCUGCUAGGCCACAGCCACAGCCGAAAAAGGAACCCCUACUCCAUUGAGGAGCUGCUGAAGAAGCCGGAGAAGCGGCUGCGCCUCAGCAGCGAGUCACAGGCGAGUCUCCUCGAGGGGAAGCGGCGGAGCGAGCACCUGGAGUGCCUCUCGUCCAGCUCGUGCGAGAGCAGCCAAGACGGCUCCUCCGAGUAUGUAUUAGUGCAGACGAGUCCUUGCACCCCCAUCCCCCUACCCGUGGACACGGAAGUGGUGCCCGUCGACGAGGAAGACGACCAACAGCAGGAGGAGGAGGAGGAGGACUGCAGCGUGGAGGUCGUCAACUAAGUGCAGGAGGAGAAGAAGGAGAAGGAGGAGCAUCUCUCAAUGUCCCAGUUUUAGCCAUGUAUAUAGAUAGUAUUAGUAGUACUAGCUUUGCCCAGUAUCCCCCCGCCCCCCUCAGUGUCUGUAAUUCUAUAUAAAUAUCUUAUUUAAAUAUAAACGUAUCUGUAUCUGUA